AUCAGAGGUCUUGAGCAUUUUCUAAUAGAUUUAGUCAAAGUGUCUCACAGUUUGAUGGCAAUCUUACACCUAAAUAAUAACUAGCUCUAAGUUAAGAUGCACGAUUGGAUCGGUCCGUAUUAUUCGCCUCUCGUUAAUGGCUCACUUACGGAUAAGGUCACGCCCGAUAUGGCACACCUUAUUCAUCCCUAUUGGAAUCGAUUUCCAGCCAUCGAACCCAAGAUGACGAAACUUCUUGGCAUUUUCUUAGGAUCAGCGGCCAUAAUAUCGUUUUGCGGAAACGGAUUGGUCGUCUGGAUAUUUUCGACUACAAAAACUCUUCGAACGCCAGCCAACCUACUAGUCCUGAAUUUGGCUUUUUCGGACUUUUCGAUGAUGGCCACAAACUGUCCAAUGAUGACGAUAAAUUUGUUUUUCGAAACCUGGAUUCUUGGUCCAUUUAUGUGUGAUAUAUACGGAAUGUUGGGCUCCAUUUUUGGUUGUGCGUCGAUUUGGUCUAUGUGCAUGAUAGCACUGGACAGGUAUGAAGUGAUAGUGAAAGGUGUAACCGGGCGUCGAAUGACUAUUAAAUUAGCAGUCAUUAAAAUAGUUGGUAUUUGGGUGUUCUCACUCUUUUGGACAUUGGCACCAAUGAUGGGUUGGAGCAGAUAUGUUCCCGAGGGUAAUUUGACAUCAUGCGGAUUGGAUUAUCUCGAACAGGAUUGGAAUCCAAAGAGUUAUUUGAUAUUUUAUACGAUGUUCGUAUAUUUGAUGCCUCUAUUUUUGAUAUGCAGGUCUUAUUGGUACAUAAUUGCGGCUGUUGCAGCCCAUGAAAAAGCUAUGAGAGAACAAGCAAAGAAGAUGAAUGUCAAGUCAUUGCGUUCUUCUGAAGACACGGAAAAAAGUGCCGAGGGUAAACUUGCUAAGGUAGCUUUAGUCACAAUUUCCUUAUGGUUUAUGGCGUGGACCCCAUAUGGAAUUCUCAAUUUUUUGGGCUUUUUCGAAUCGGACCUUUUAACGCCAUUGCUAACAAUUUGGGGUGCAGUUUUUGCAAAAGCAUGUUCAGCAUAUAAUCCAAUUGUUUAUGGAAUAAGCCAUCCGAAGUAUCGUGUAGCUCUAAAGGAAAAAUGCCCUUGCUGCAUUUGCGGAGAGACUGAAGACCCAAAAAAGAGCGAAGUAGCAUCACAGCCAUCAACAAAUGGAGAAACAACAGCAUAAUCUUACAUUUAGCUCAAUUAAUGUUUUAAAACAAUUUUCUUAUGAAACAACAUUCUUACUUUAAAUAAAUUUAAGCAUUGACAUCAA